AUGAACUUCGUUAUAGUUAUCCUUCUUUGCGUUUUUUUUGUAGUGCCAGUAAAUACACAAACCCUGCUUUACAACAUUACCACUGUUGUUGGUGGGGGUAAUGUUGGUGAUGGUUUAGUUGCAACAAGUGCUAAAUUAUAUUAUCCUUCUGGAAUUGCCAUCAGUUCAAGUGAUGAAACUUAUAUUGCUGAUACAAACAAUCAUAGAAUUCGUAAAAUCACAACAUCUGGUAUAAUUUCAACAAUUGCUGGAAAUGGAACAGCAGGAUAUAGUGGUGAUGGUUCAUCUGCAAAAAGUGCUCAAUUAUAUUAUCCUUCUGGAGUUGCCAUCAGUUCAAGUGAUGAAAUUUAUAUUGUUGAUAGAAGCAAUAAUAGAAUUCGUAAAAUCACAACAUCUGGUAUAAUUUCAACAAUUGCUGGAAAUGGAACAGCAGGAUAUAGUGGUGAUGUUGCAACAAGUGCUAAAUUAUAUUAUCCUUCUGGAAUUGCCAUCAGUUCAAGUGAUGAAACUUAUAUUGCUGAUACAAACAAUCAUAGAAUUCGUAAAAUCACAACAUCUGGUAUAAUUUCAACAAUUGCUGGAAAUGGAACAGCAGGAUAUAGUGGUGAUGGUUCAUCUGCAAAAAGUGCUCAAUUAUAUUAUCCUUCUGGAGUUGCCAUCAGUUCAAGUGAUGAAAUUUAUAUUGUUGAUAGAAGCAAUAAUAGAAUUCGUAAAAUCACAACAUCUGGUAUAAUUUCAACAAUUGCUGGAAAUGGAACAGCAGGAUAUAGUGGUGAUGGUUCAUCUGCAACAAGUGCUCAAUUAAAUUCUCCUUCUGGAAUUGCCAUCAGUUCAAGUGAUGAAAUUUAUAUUGCUGAUAUGUUCAAUAAUAGAAUUCGUAAAAUCACAACAUCUGGUAUUAUUUCAACAAUUGCUGGAACUGGAACAUCAGGAUAUAGUGGUGAUGGUUCAUCUGCAACAAGUAUUCAAUUAUAUUUUCCUUAUGGAGUUGCAGUAAGUCUAAGUGAUGAAAUUUAUAUUGCUGAUAUGUUCAAUAAUAGAAUUCGUAAAAUCACAACAUCUGGUAUCAUUUCUACAAUUGCUGGUGGUAUAGGCGAUGGACUAUCAGCAACUACAGCUUACAUUAAUGCCAUUACGUUCGAAUUUUCCUCAAGUGGUGAAAUUUAUAUUGCUGAUACAAACAAUCAUAGAAUUCGUAAAAUCACAACAUCUGGUAUAAUUUCAACAAUUGCCGGAACUGGAACAUCAGGAUAUAGUGGUGAUGGUUCAUCUGCAACAAGUGCUCAAUUAAAUUCUCCUUAUGGAAUUGCUAUCAGUUCAAGUGGUGAAAUUUAUAUUGCUGAUACAAACAAUAAUAGAAUUCGUAAAAUCACAACAUCUGGUAUAAUUUCAACAAUUGCUGGAACUGGAACACAAGGAUAUAGUGGUGAUGGUUCAUCUGCAACAAGUGCUCAAUUAUAUAAUCCUUAUGGAGUUGCCAUCAGUUCAAGAGGUGAAAUUUAUGUUGCUGAUUACAAUAAUAACAGAAUUCGUAAAAUCACAACAUCUGGCAUUAUUUCAACAAUUGCUGGAACUGGAACAUCCGGCUAUAGUGGUGAUGGUUCAUCUGCAAUAAGUGCUCAAUUAUAUAAUCCUUAUGGAGUUGCCAUCAGUUCAAGUGAUGAAAUUUAUAUUACUGAUACAAACAAUAACAGAAUCAGAAAACUUAGUCCUUGGUGCACUGGAAAUGCCAUUCUUUUAGAUGGAUCUUGUGAGUAUCCAUGUUUUGGAACUACAAACAAAAUUCCAGCUGUUGUAUGCUCUGGAAAAGGUUCAUGUAUUGGCUAUAAUCAAUGCAAUUGCACAGCUGAUUACUUUGGUUACAAAUGGUAUCUCAAAGUCAAUUUUGAAAAACUAAGAGUAGCUAUAUAA